GUUAUCUUGGUAAAGGCCAGUAUUUUCUGGUAUUUGUUUUCUUAAUGUCUUUGUAUUAUUUGAGAUCCCAAUCUCAGUGAGACAAUCGGGUAAAAGUCCACAUCCGAGAGGUUUUUUUUUUCACACCCUGAAAUCUGAGGCAACAUUUGAACGUGAAUAUCUCAAAGACUUUUAAAGAAAAGGCUGAAAAUUACACUUGUCUUUCUUACUAUAAAAAUUAAUCAGAAUCGAUAAUUUGGGACAGAUAAAAGACCAUUAGUGAUGAUCUCUGAGUUUUAUGUAGUUUAAUUACACAAUAAUGUAAAAUAAACGUACUUUCAUGUUAAUACAUAAAAUCCUUUGUCACAAAAAUAAAGAAAGACCCAUUUUAUUCAACCUUCACUGCAUCCUUGAACCUCCUCUGAGGUCGUCCUCGUUUCCUCCUGCCUGGCAACAUCAUCUUCAUCAUCCUUUGUCCAGUAUAUCCACACUCUCUCCUCCAUACAUGUACAGAUCAUCACAGCCUUCCUUCUCUAACUUUGUCUCCAAAUUGUUCAUCUGAGCUGUCACCCUGAUAUUUAACUAGCAUCCAAAAGAAUGUGCAACAAAAGAAAAAAAGGGAGAAAAAGCAGAAUAAAAUCCAAUAACUCUGGUGUCUCCAAGUGGAAAAUCUAUGUUGAAGGUAUUGUAUGUUUGUAGAUCGUCUGAGAAGCAUUGGGGUUUCUUGUCUGUGGAGUAUUGGGUGUGUUUUCAGAUGGAUGAAGACUCGAGUCCAGUUGGCUGGAAACCCUUCAGCAGUGAGUCAGCAGAGUUUGUGCUGCAGUUGCAUUCCCACCUCCCCAACAAACCUUUUAUUUCUGCGCCUCUGCUCGCUUCAUAUUGACUGCAGUAUCAGAGCUGCAGCCGCUGGCGGUCGUGUCUGCCUCGGACAGUCAGUGCCAGUGUGGGUGUGACUGCUGGAUGAGCCGGGCUAUGCUCCGAUGUCAUCACACGGUCAUUCUGCUGGCUGACAUGUGACACACACACACACAGUGAGUGACACACACUCGAAGAGACACGGACAGGCCGACCAUCAGCUGCUGUACAGAGAUGGAGAUGUCGACAGGCGGUCCGGGGAUGUCGAGUCACCAGCAGCGCUCCAUGAAGAGAAGGCGGUGGGGAGGUCUGAGGCAGCAGUGGAAACUUCUGGGCCUGUUUGAGAUCGACCAACAGCACGAGUUCUACAGCCUGACCUGCAUGAUGAAGGAGGGCUUGGCUGCAGCCAUCCAGAGCACUAUCGAUAACGCACCCGCAAAUGAACUGACAGAUGAAGAUUUCAGGUUGGAGGUCACUCAGAUCCAUAAGGACUUUACAAUGGAGACGUUUGCGGGCCCCGUGUUUGCCACGCUGCGUGGCUCUUUAGGAAUGACUGAGCAGGAGUAUCAGCAGUCACUCUGCUCUGAAAAUUGCUACCUCCAGUUCAUCAGCAACUCCAAGAGCAAAGCAGACUUCUUCCUGACGAAUGAUAAACGCUUCUUUUUAAAGACUCAGAACAAAAGGGAAAUUAAGUUCCUUCUGGGCAACCUGAAGAUCUACAUGGAGCACCUGAGGAAAUACCCACAUUCACUGCUGGUCAAGUUUUUAGGUGUUCACAGGAUCCAAAUCCCACGAAGACGAAAGAAGUACUUCAUUGUCAUGCAAAGUGUGUUUUAUCCAGAUGAUCGCAUCAAUGCCAGGUAUGACAUUAAGGGCUGUGAGGUAAGUCGCUGGACAGAGCCUGCACCAGAGGGAAGCCACAUCAUCGUGGUUCUCAAAGACCUCAACUUUGAGGGCCAGUUCAUCACUCUGGACCAGCAGCGUUCCUGGCUCCUGCGACAGGUGGAGAUUGACACACACUUCCUCCGCCAGCUCAACGUGUUGGACUACAGCCUUCUCCUGGCUCAUCAGCCCCUACACCAUGACGAGCGCCACCAGGGCCUCUCCUUUGCUACGCUCAUCGUAAGAGCCAAAAAGUCUGUGAAUCCAGGCUCCAGUCCAAUCCAUAUGAAUGCAGCCACAGUUCCUGGAGCAGUCGUGGACGAGGACCAGCUAUCCUUAUCUGAAACAGACAGCGGCUUAAAGAAACCACACUCUCAAGAUGCAUCGAGGAGCAGCUCUCCUCGAACAUGUGCAAAGGAUGCUGGGCCAGCGAUCGCCGAGGCUGAACUGCAAGACUUCCAAGCCCAAAACCGACGUCUGCUGCCAAACUUAAAGAAUCCUCUUCACAUCAUUGAUGGCCCCGAGCAGCGCUACUUCGUCGGCAUCAUUGACAUUUUCACAGUUUACAGUUUUAAGAAGAGGCUGGAGCAUUUGUGGAAGAGGUUGAGGCACCCCGGUCGGUCCUUCUCGACUGUCAGUCCACAGACUUACUGCCUCAGACUGUGUCAGUGGGUGCAAGACCACACCAAGUAGAGCCUGAACAAGAGGUGGAAACUCACCUCCACCUCUCACCGAGCAAGUCUAAAUAACCAAAGUUCAGACACAUGGCGUAAAGCAUGUUUCCUCUCCUCUUCAACCUUCUCAUCAUUGGAACUUCAGACAUGAAAUGUGGGCCUCACCUCUGAGCCUUUCGCAGAUACCAAAAUGAUUUUUGCACACAUGUAAAUUAGAUUUAGUAGAAAAUGGAUAGAUGGCUGAUUACGAAACAAUGCAAUGAAACAGGCUGUACGCAAACAGUAAUUUCAUUAUUUAUUUGAACAUUUUCUUUGAGAAGCAGACACGUAUUACUUCUUUAUACUUCUUUAACCUGCCAAAUAGUUUUAAGACAAGUAUGCAUUUCAGCCCACUGUGUUCAAAUUUCAGAAUUAUAUUCUGGUUUUGAAGCUUCGAGCUGAAUGUUUUGGCUAUCUUAGCUUGCUAUAACCAUGAAACUAAGCGGCACUUUGUACUUGGGCCCACCCUAAAGCAUAAGCUGCUUUAUUCUACUUUUUGAUUCUGAGUGGGACAAUAAUUUACAGACUAAACACCAUGUUGUGUUCAAAAUGGUUUAAAUUGGGUGACUCUGACCACAAACUCAUCAGGAAAGUGAUUAGAGAAGUCAUGAAUCCAAAAAAACGCAGGUUUUCUGAUUUCUCUUCUAUACAUUCAUACUUCUUUUUGCAACCAGAGGGUUUCAAAAGUAAAGCAGGUUUAAGGCCUUUAAUACUGUGAUGUCCUCUAUCUAGCUGUUAUUGUUUCUAUCCACUUCUUCUUCUGUCACUGCUAAUGCUACCUCAGAAAUGAGAGAUUUAAAUACAUGGGUGCAUUAAAGGGUUGUGUUUUGCAAACCAGUGAGUUUGUGAAGCAAAUAUAUUUGCAGCACAGGGAGUCUCGUUCCUCAAGAUCACAGCAUACAUGUUCUAGCAUCAUGGAAUAAAGCUGACUUGCAAUUG